AUGUCAGAGGAUCAGCAGUGGCACUUGCAAGUGCCAGGAAUGAGCCAGGAUCCCAGGGACGCGCUGGUGGGCUGGUCAUUUUCUACCAAUGAAGCCCUGUGCCAUGAUCUAUGGAGUCCUGAUGGCCUGAACAUUUGCCCUGAGCAGGCAGAGCAGCUCUGGAAACAGACCCAGCCCUCCAUGAGGCACCUGGAGAGAAGGUAUUUCAGGCACUGCUAUUUCGGAGCUGUCCCAGGAAGCAAGUUCCAGAUCGCAGGGCCCGGGUUCGUCUCCUUCCCCUCACACCUCCGCCCUCUCCUUGCAGCUUACAGCCGGGCCGACGAGCGCACCUUCGUGGCCAUCAAACCGGACGGGGUCCAGCGGCACCUGGUCGGGGAGAUCAUCCGGCGGUUCGAGAGGAAGGGCCUGCAGCUGGUGGGGCUGAAGCUCCUGCAGGCCUCGGAGGAGCUGCUGAAAGAGCACUACAUCGCCCUUCGUGACCGUCCCUUCUACAGCCGGCUGGUGAAGUACAUGAGCUCUGGGCCCGUGGUGGCCAUGGUCUGGCAGGGCCUGGAUGUGGUCAAGACAGUUCGCACAAUGAUCGGGGAGACUAAUCCGGCCGAAUCCAGGCCCGGCACUAUCCGAGGAGACUUCUGCGUUGAAGUCAGCAAGAACGUGAUCCACGGCAGCGACUCGAUUGAGAGUGCCCGGCAGGAGAUCUCCCUCUGGUUCCAGCCAGAGGAGCUGACUUGCUGGGAGGACACGGCUGAGCACUGGAUCUACACGUGAGAAGAGCAGCCCGAGGGAAGUACCUGACAGGGCACAGGGCGUUGCCAUCCAUUUCAUCGCAGCUGCUUGGGCUGGCUCUGGCUCCUGCUGCGGUGUCGCGUGCUGUGGGGGUUUCUGUUCUGCGUGUGGGUGGAGGGGUCCUGGGAGCUGGUAUCUGUGUGUAGCUCUGCGGUCCAGCUGCCUGCAAGAGUAGCUAUUUCUUUUUUUCCUCUCUCUAUACUAUAGUAAGUAGUUGGUAUUGUUGCUCUUUGCUGCAGCAUCUUAAAUCCCAAGUAGCUCAAGGUAAUUUACUGAAAAACUGGGCUCUAUGCCUAUUCCUGUGUGUUCUCAGACCUGCCUGGCACAGGAGAACGUGUGCUCCUCGCUGCUGGGAGGUGCUCUGGUCACUACAAGGCGCUGUAAUCUGUAUCAUCUACCUGCAUUGCUCUAAGGGUCUUUGCCAAAGGUGCUUAAGGAACCGGGCUGCUCUGGGAUAAGGGGGAGAGUUUCCCCCCUGGGGUAAGAGCUCGUUCCAAGGCAAGGAAUGAGGGACAGGACAAACUGCUCACUCGCCCUUGGUGGGAGCUCUGUAUGCCAGGGCAGGUCACCUGGCUUCAGACAUGACUAGUGAGUCUGUGGAAGGACAACUUGCCAGAUGCUGUUAAAUGCACGGUUUCUCUGGCUCUGGUUCCUGGCUGUGGGCACUGGGAGCAGGGGAGCGGCUUCUCUGGGUCUGCUCUGGUUCUCUGCAGGCCUCCACUGCUGGCUGCACAGCCCCUGGCCCAGCCCAGCAGGGUCGGUCUCAUGCUGUACCUCCAUGGUGGCUGUCAUGUUCUGGUGAAGCAGCAGCGCUGUGCAAACCACAAGAAUAGAAGGGGGGGGGAGUGAGGUGGGGAAGGAUUUGUAGACUGGGGGCUCAGGAAGGACUAAGAGGACUAUUUAGUCCUCUUGUAUGCAGUGCAGGCUGUGGAGUCCUGGCACCGAGCUCUGGGAGAUCCCGAGAUCUUUCUUGUCUGAUGGUGGAGCUUCCCUGCUGGGAGGCUUUCUGGAGGAGUUGGACACCACCUUGAACUUGCUGUGAGCUCUCCCUGGAACAUCAAUCUCCCUUUGAGCCGUGUUGUGUCUGAGCUCCUCAUGCAGCCUUGCCGGAGCGUAAGGGCAGGGACAGUGACAUUGUGCCCUGCUGAGGGACAAGGUCCCCUGGGGCUUUCCUGCAUGUAGGCUCAGAUGUUUUGCCCAUGGCCUAAAAGCCUGUCUCUCUGCAGCUCCCUAGCUUUGUAGCUGCUGGGGAAGGAGUGCUGUUCUCUGGGGGCAGAGAAUAAUCUCACCCCUGCUCCCCCUCUGGGCUGGCCCCAAGGGCACUCAGCAGCGACACAGGAAUGAGCACUGAGGGGACAGAGGGUCUCCCUCUGGUGAGCAGGGCUCUCCUCAGCUCUUCCUGCCUUCGGGGCCUUCUCCAGGUGGCUGUUUACAGCUCUCAAUGUGCAACAGAUUCCCUUUGUUCCUGUAACUCAUCCAUUUGCUUUUUUUAUAAUAAACUCUGGGCAUUGGAAAGCAGAAGAGAGUUGAAAUAGAUGGCUUUUACCUAUCCUUUCCCUGGGUUUCCUCCCAGCACUGUCACUGGGAACGCAGAGCUCCAGCUGCUGCUGUUUCCCCUGCUCCUGUUACUGUCCUGCCAAGGCUGCGGCAGAGCUCUGCACCACUUGCGUUUAAUCCCCGAGCCCCACCAUCCUGUGCCUUUCUUUCCCACACCACCAAGCUUUAAGCAAAGGCAGAAUCAUAGACUGUCUCAAGUGGGAAGGGACCCAUAAGGAUCACUGAGUUCAAAAGCCAAGUGACCUCAGCUGCUCCUCCCAAGUCCUGCCCUCGGGGCCUGUCGCCCUCCUCUGAUGUGACACCGUUUGCCAUAACUCUGUCGGGCAAUUCCUCGCCCAGCAUAUGAUGGGCUUGUCUGGCUGUGUGCUGGAGAGGUUAUCCAGGAUACUGCCAGAGGCAGUAUCAAAAGCUUUGCUAAAACCCAAAUCCGCUGCAUCUAGCAGCUUCCCUUGGUCAACUAGAUGGCUGACCUUGUCAUUAAAGGAAAUUAAGCUCAUUAAGCAGGGCUUGCCCAUGCUGGCUAUGACAAGUGACUGUGUUAUCUCCCAAGUGGUUUUUAGUAACCCCCAGAAUAACCUUCUCUGCAAUUUUACCCAGCACUGAUACGAGCCUGGUAAUUACCAGGGUCUUCCUUCUUACCCUGCUUGGAAACUGGGACAACGUUUGCCAGCUUCCAGGCGACUGGGACCUCUCCAGAUUGUUCAAAAAUAACAGGGAGAGAUCCUGUGAUGACAUCGGCCGGCUCCCCCAAACCCGGGAUGAAUCCUGCCGGGCCCCA